AUGAGCGCCGUUCCCGAGCCCCUGGCCCGGCCCCGCAGCAGCUCCUGCCGCAGCCUCUCCGGGACCCUGGAGGCCAUGGGAACACCGGAGACGGAUCGGGAUCAGCGGGAUCGGGAUCCCCGGGACGACUGGGACCCCGAGGAGACGCAGAUCCUCAAGGUUUGCUUCUACAGCAACAGCUUCAACCUGGGCCAGAACUUCAAGCUGGUCAAGUGCUCCAUGGCCACCGAGAUCCGGGAGGUGAUCCGCUCCAUCCUGGCGAGCGGGCGGAUCGGGCCGGACAUCCGCCUCUCCCAGUGCUACGGGCUGCGCCUCAAGCACGUCAAGUCCAACGAGAUCCACUGGCUGCACCCGCGGCUGACCGUGGGCGAGGUGCACAGGAAGUACGAGCGCCUCCACCUGCAGGCCGAGUGGAGGUACGACCUGCAGAUCCGCUACCUGCCGGAGGAUUUCAUGGAGAGCUUCAAGGAGGACAGGACCACGCUGCUCUACUUCUACCAGCAGCUCCGCAGCGAGUACAUGCAGAGCUACGCCAGCAAGGUCAGCGAGGGCAUGGCGCUGCAGCUGGGCUGCCUGGAGCUCAGGUACGGCUGUCCCCUGUGUCCCCU